AUGGAGCAGCCACAGUAUUCGAUGUACACAGCCGGCCCCAACAACAUGCAUCCUGCGGUGCAUCCAACCGCCGAGUUCCCAUCGCAUCUCUCUCUAGGCGUAAUCGAGGAGAUGCUCAACUCAUCCGCCGAGCUGGACUGGCGUCUCUGGGAUAGCCGCGUGAACGGCUUUGAAAUGGCCAACCAGAACAACAUGUGGUACUUUGACUCGCCGUCCGAGCCCCCUAUGCCGACCGCACCGCCAGGCUACGGAUUUGAUGACUAUUCCUCUGCUGCCCCCGUGCAGCCGCUGGCUCAACAGCAGCAGCCGCAGUAG